CGUAGUCGAUCUGGUCUGGCAUGGGUCGAAGUCAGGAGAGAGAACUGUCGUCUAGUGGCUCAGGUUUGGCCUCUAGGGGCGCGAAAUCGGGUGAACGACCUGGAAAUAGGCAUAAGCGAAAUCAGAAACAGCGAGCGAGGGAUAUAAAGCGCCUUUUGAAGCGAGACAACAUUCCUGCUACUGUGAGACAAACGCAGGAGCGAGUGCUCGCCCUACUCGAAACCGAAGUGAAGGACGAGCAAGACAACCGGAAAGUCAAGAAACUAGCGAAGAAAUACAAAAUGGUGAGAUUUUUCGACCGACGGAAGUUGACAAGGAAACUGAAGAAGGUGAAUCGGCAAAUAUCAGUCUGCAAAGAUGAGUCAGAAAGAGCGACGUUGUCAGAGCAGCUUGAUGUGUUAAGGAAAGAGUAUAAUUACGUGACUCACUUUCCAGCUGAUAAAAAGUAUGUCUCUGUGCAUCCAGUUGGUGGAUGUCUGAACGAGAGUAGCAGGAGGCAGAUGGCAGACGUGCAAGCCGAUAUCCAUAGUCUCGUGGCUUCUGGUAAACUUCCGGACGCUAGUCUCGACGUCGUCUCUAUUGGAGGGAAAUCGGUGGCUGGAGCACGGACUUCGACUCGACAGAAGCAAAAGUUAACUAGAGUUUCGAAACCGAAAUACAUUGAGAAGACUGAUGGAAAUGGGAUGGGAGAUGAUAUUUAUUUUAUUGACACUAGUAGAGAUGAUUUCUUUUUGUAA